AUGUCUCCACGCCUCUUUGGCGGCCUCGUCCUUCCCGCCUCGGCGGAUUUCCAUGUCCAUCUCCGCGACGGCGCCAUGCUGGAAGCAGUGGCUGGCACGAUCAAAUCGGGCGGCGUGGACACCGUCUUUGUCAUGCCAAAUCUAGUUCCGCCCAUCACCACCGUCGAGCACGCCCUGGCAUACAAGGAGGCCAUUGCCAGGUAUACAGACGCAACCCUUCUGAUGUCGCUGUACCUACAUCCUUCCAUUACGCCAGACACGAUCCGGCAGGCCAAGAAGGCAGGUCUUUUCGGUGUCAAGUCCUAUCCCGCAGGAGUCACUACCAAUUCUGCUUCGGGCGUCGUGGACUAUGAGCAAUUUUACCCCCUGUUCAAAGCCAUGGAGGAAGAAGAUUUGGUUCUGAACCUGCAUGGCGAAGCACCCCCUGCUCAGGAUAUCACGGUGCUCAACGCCGAGGAAGCAUUCCUGCCCACCCUACUCGAUCUCCAUCGACGGUUCCCUAAGCUGCGCAUUGUCCUAGAGCACUGCACAACCGCUGCUGCCAUCGAGGCUGUGAAGAAAUGUGGGCCGAACGUUGUGGGCACCAUCACAGCUCACCACCUCUUUCUCAUCAUUGAUGAUUGGGCCGGAGAUCCAAUCAAUUUCUGCAAACCGGUCGCAAAGCUCCCUACCGACCGAGUCGCGUUGCUCCAGGCCGCGACAAGUGGCAAUCCCAAGUUCUUUUUAGGGACUGACUCAGCCCCGCAUCCGCUGAGCGCAAAGAAGGGCGGUCUGGGCAUCCAUGAGGCUGGCAAAUGUGCGGCUGGGGUGUUCACUCAGCCGUAUGCCACGCAGCUUGUGUUGGAGGCGUUCGAGGAUGCGGUGACCAAGGGAGUGGUGGAAAAGAGCCGCCUAUCUCAGGUAGUAUUAGAGGGCUUUCUUGGUGGGUUCGGUCGGAAAUUCUACCAGAUCGACCACGAUGGUGAAAAGAUCAGAAUCUUGGCAAAAGACGAGAAAGUGAUCUCAAUGUUGUCGGUCGGCGGAGAGGCCGGCGCAAACUCGACGACCCGAGACGUCGUCAUCCCCUUCCGUCGGGACAGUCCGAUUUACUCGCUAGAAUGGAUCCAAACGAAGUAA